AUGGAGCACCUGAUGCUGUUCCAACAUUGCACUACUCUGUCCCAAUAGAAGGUGUGGCUAAGCCUGUUACACUGUAUAUUCACAGGUCACGAAGAACUACUCAUCCUACUGCAGAUGCUGCUAGUAGUAGUGGUAGUAAUGGAACUCUACCUGUUAAAAGAAGAAGAGAAGGAGGUUUUGAUAUUAAAGCAGCUAAGCAAAAGAUUAAAAGGGUUAUGAACGAGAAUCAUGCAGACUUUGCAGAACUUUUGGAAAGUUCUCUUAAAGAAAUUGCUAACAAACUGUUUGAAGCUAAAAUCAUUACCAAGCAGGUUCAGAGGUCACCUACUUAUGAUGCUAUAGCCUCAAGUUUUCUAUCUAUGAUGAAUCUAUUGGACUCUAAGUCUGACCUAGAGAAGCAUUGUGUGAAGUAUCUUGAGGCUCUGUCUAGUGUUGGGGGACCAAUAGAAUUUGCUGCUAAUCUCUUGAGGGAAAAAUGGACAACAGCUCUGGAGGGUGCACUUCAGUUAGAACAGUCUGUGAAAAGAGUUAGAACUAAUGAUGAUGACAUUGCACUUGAUGAUUUUAAUUUGGAAUUUUAGUUUUAAAUUUAUGUUCUUAUGUCUUAUAAUGUAGAUGCCAUAUGCUACCAUUUAGCUGGAAACUUUUUAUGAAUUAAACUUUUGCUGUUCCACCCAAAAAUCAUUUUCAUGUAUUUAAUUUUUAUUAUUAAACCAUUCUGCCAGUUGUGCUUUAUUAUCUAGAUUUUUUGUGGAUUUUAA